CGGACGUCGAGCCGACGUGAUGGCGUCAGGCGCCCUGGGCGCAGCUUGCUGUUGUCAGUAACUGGAGGCCGCGGGUUCGGGGCGAGCUUCUGCGGCUGCGGUGGCCGGGGGUGCCCCCUGCCCCGCUCCCCACUUCCUUUGCACCUGGAGAGGACCCUCACAGAGUGCUCCUCCGGACCAGAGCUGAGAACAGAUCAGUCCCAACACUGAACACAGGGAACACUGGGAGCCCGAGGAGAUGUUCCAUGUCGUAAAGAGUGUAGCCCUUGGUCUGGGAAUCACAAGCUAGAAGUUUCUCGCCCUCCAGCUGGACCAGAAAUCCAAUUUUCUUCAGGUGGAAGGAGAUGCUGUUUACUCAUUCAUCGCUCACAAGGCUGAAAGAUCAGCUGCCUUUCUGAAUCAGAAGAUAACUUUGUCAUUCUUUUCCAACUGAAAACCAUGACUCAUCAAUUGGUACUGUAGGAACUGAAUGACUUAAACGCCAGGCUGUUCUGAACAGCCAGGUACAGGAUUGGAUUCAGGCCAUCGAGUGGAGGCUGUUGGGAAUGGCUGAGAAGUCUCUAAGGAGAGGAGGUUGCUGUUUACUGAUGGAUGGAGUGUUUUAAAGUGGUGAAGCCGGUCAUCCAUUUCUUCUUUUAAUGUGUCAUGUGAUUUCCCUGAGAGCUGCUGCCUGAGUGGAAAUGCUGUCAGUGGUGGAGAAUGGAGUGGACCCCCGGGAUGCCAUCUCGGUCAUCAAGAAGAAGCUAGUGGGAUCCAUGAAGGCGUUGCAGAAGCAGUAUGCAUCCUCGGACGCAGUGGUUACCAGUGAAGACGGAGAUGCCAACACCAUGUGCAGCGCCCUGGAGGCCGUGUUUAUCCACGGCCUGCACGCCAAGCACGUCCGAGCGGAGGCCGGGGGGAAAAGGAAGAAGAGUGCCUACCAGAAGCCUCUGCCUCAGCCUGUCUUCUGGCCCCUCCUGAAGGCCAUCACCCACAAGCACACCAUCUCGGACUUGGAGCACCUGGUCUUUGUCAGCACGGACGUGGGCCGCUGCCGGGCCUGGCUGCGGCUGGCCCUCAACGACGGCCUGAUGGAGUGCUACCUGAAGCUGCUGCUGCAGGAGCCAGCCCGCCUGUGCGAGUACUACCAGCCCUCCGCCCUGCUCCGAGACCCCGAGGAGAGCGAGUUCCUCCUCAGCUUCCUGCAGGGACUGACAUCCUUGUCCUUCGAGCUCUCCUACAAGUCCUCCAUCCUGAACGAGUGGACGCUCACCCCGCUGGCCCUCUCUGGGCUUUGCCCCUUCUCUGAGCUCGACCCUGUCACUACCUCGGGGACAGAACUACAGCGGAAGGAGUCUCUGGAUUCCAUCUCCCAUUCCUCGGGCUCAGAGGACAUCGAAGUCCAGCACUCGGGCCAUAAGAUCCAACGGAACAGGCAGCUCACUGCCUCCUCCCUCAGCCUGGACACGGCCAGUUCGUCCCAGCUGUCCUGCAGCCUCAACUCUGAUAGCCUCCUACUCCCGGAGAACGGCUCCAAGAGUCCAGACCACUCUGAGGAGCCCAUGUCCUACGACUCGGACCUGGGGACAGCAAAUGCCGAUGACUCAGACCCGUCUCUGCAGGAGGUGUUGUCUGAAUUCAACAAAGCCCAGGUAAACUCUGUGCCAACCAACGGACUGAGCCGAGAAACGGAGAUUCCCACACUGCAGGCCUCACUCUCCCUCCACGGCCUCUGCCUCGACACCAGCACACACCUGCACGUCGAGGCGCCUGCAGAGCCCCUCCCUGCCCGAGCAGCCUCUGGGACUGCAAAUGGUGGCCACAAGCAGGAACCACUUUCCCUGGCACCUGGCAUCCUGGGCUUGCAGCAUCUGGGCACUGCCCAAGCUGUCACUUCGAGGAGCACUUCAGACCAGCAGCCUUCUAGUCCUGUGAGAGCAGUCGGCCAAGGGGAUGGGCAGCAGAGGCCCUCGGUGGAUGACGGAGCUGGACUGAGCCUCAUGGUUUCCUCACCCACCAGUCCGAAAAGCAAGAGCUGGAUCUCGGAAGAUGACUUCUACCGGCCUCCCCAGGAACAACCCCCGGAGAGUCCUUCAGACGGCUCCGCAGCUUCUCCCGGAGGGACUCCAGAGUCCGGGCCGUGUCUUCUCAGGCAUUUUUCUCACGGACCAAGAAAAAGCUCCUCCAUGGGGGCCCUAGACAGAGCUUGUGUGCCUUGUCCAGGAAGCAGGAAAAGCCUGGCGGCCGCCUCGCAGGAGCAUAAGAACUUCAGGGUGGUGCAUCGCAGGCAGAUGGGACUGUCCAACCCGUUCCGGGGCCUCAUGAAACUGGGCACAGUGGAGCGGCGGGGGGCGAUGGGCAUCUGGAAGGAGCUCUUCUGCGAGCUCUCCCCGCUGGAGUUCCGCCUCUACCUGAGCGGCGAGGAGCGCACCUGCGUGGAGAACUGCUCGCUGCUGCGCUGUGAGUCCGUGGGGCCGGCCCACAGCGACGGCCGCUUCGAGCUGGUCUUCUCCGGCAAGAAGCUGACCCUGCGAGCCUCUUCCCAGGACGAGGCCGAGGACUGGCUGGACCGGGUGCGGGAGGCCCUGCAGAAGUGCCGGCCGCAGCAGGAGGAGGAGUGGGUGAGCGUCCAGUACCCGGAGCAGCCCAGCGACCUCCCCGAAGGCCCCCAGGGUGGCCCCCCCUCCCACCCGGAGCCCACGGAGCCCGAAACCCUGCAGAGCACGCAGUUGGAUUGGUCCUCCGCCCAAGUGCCCGAGCCGGACGCUAUUAAAGAGUCCCUCUUGUACCUGUACACGGAUAGGACCUGGACGCCCUAUAUCUUCUCCCUGUCCCUGGACUCCCUGAAAUGCUUCCGCGUGAAAAACAACGAGAAGAUGUUAAGUGACAGCCACGGAGUGGAGACCAUCCGAGAUAUCCUGCCAGACACCAGCCUCGGGGGCCCGUCCUUCUUCAAGAUCAUCACGGCCAAGGCCGUCCUGAAGCUGCAGGCCGGCAGCGCCGAGGAGGCCGCCUUGUGGAGGGACCUGGUGCGCAAGGUGCUGGCGUCCUACCUGGAGACGGCGGAGGAGGCCGUGACACUGGGCGGGAGCCUGGACGAAAACUGCCAAGAGGUGCUGAAGUUCGCCACCGGGGAGCAGGGCUUCCUGCUGCAGUACCUGGUGGCCAUCCCCACCGAGAAGGGCCUCGACUCCCAGGGCUGCUUCUGCGCAGAUAGCAGGCCUAUCCACCGUGGUUGCUUCUGUGUGACUCAGGAGCUGACCCUGGCCCCGCCGCCGCUCACUCUCCCCAUGUCCUUCUCCCCAGGCUGCUCCCGGCAGAUCGGCUUCUCGUUUGUACGACCCAAGCUCUGUGCCUUCUCUGGCCUCUAUUACUGUGACAUCUGCCACCAAGACGAUGCUUCAGUGAUCCCGGCCAGGAUCAUCCACAACUGGGACCUCACCAAGCGCCCGGUCUGCCGGCAGGCCCUGAAGUUCCUGAUGAAGAUCCGGGCCCAACCCCUCAUCAACCUGCAGCUGGUGAACCCAUCGCUGUACGAGCACGAGGAGCGGAUGCACCUCAUCGGGAGGAGCCGGGAGCAGCUGAAGCUUCUGGGGGAUUACCUGGGCCUGUGCCGGAGUGGGGCCCUGAAGGAGCUCAGCAAAAGGCUCACCCACAGGAAUUAUCUCUUGGAGUCUCCCCACAAGUACAGUGUCGCUGACCUCCAGCAGAUCUCGGAGGGAGUGUAUGAAGGAUUCCUCAAGACCCUGAUCGAGUUUGCCUCCCAGCAUGUCUACCACUGUGACCUGUGCACCCAGCGUGGCUUCAUCUGCCAGAUCUGCCACCACCAUGACAUCAUCUUCCCCUUCGAGUUUGACACCACCGUCAGGUGUGGCGAAUGCAAGACCGUCUUCCACCAGAGCUGCCAGGCCGUGGUGAAGGGCUGCCCCCGCUGUGCCCGCCGGCGCAAGUACCACGAACAGAACGCUCUCACCUAACCCAGUCUCCUGACCCCCCUCAAAGGCCUCGGGGUGAGGGUUCCGCUCAGCCAUGCAGCUGGGUUUGCCAUCAACCCCGGCCACUCUCUCAAGGUGUCACAGCUGUCUCCCUCGUCAGGAAGACUCAGAUGUGACUAGAGCAUGAGCCUACCAGAGGGCUUAAUGAUUGAUGGCCCGUCGUCCCCCCCCCCCAUCUGCUCCAGGAGGUGGGACACCAGCAGACGCCCCCUGUCCGGGGUGCUGUGGGUGGGGGGACUGUGCACUAAUCAGGCUCCAGCUCAUCUCACUGACAUGACACCCCCAUCAGGGCUGUUCACACACUGUGGAAAUAAGACUUGGGGCGCAUUUACAAAUCCACAUGCCUGAUUAAAAGGUCUAGUUUUUUAAGGUGGGUUUUCCCCCUUCCUAUUUCAAUAGAAAAUAUUUUUUUAUUCUUAACCCUAUACAAAUCACCCAAGAAAUCCAGGCAUUCUCACCAUGAGCGAAUGUGCAGGUACUGCCCAGGCCUGGUCUGCAGACAGGCGGGCGGCUGGGCAUCCCUGUGACAGAGCCCGUCAGCUGCCUCUCCUUCACCCUCCCCAGACACUUGCUGCCAACAGCUCAAGUGCAAUGUGCCAAACAGCCCAUGGGGCCAGGCGGGUCGGUCCUGAUGCCACCUUCUUCCUCUCCCUCUCUACUCCCUGCCCCAUGCCCCCCACCUGAAAAGCCCAUCUUUCUCUGUGUCAGAGCCCCUUCUCUCUUCUGUAGCCAGGAUUCUGGUCCCUGCACGAGAAGGGUAAUGACUUCAACCCAGCACUGUCAGCACUUUGCAUCUUCCUUGGGCCAGGGACCGGCCCACCCCUCAGCUCCAUGCCCUCCCCACUCCUACCCUACACUGGGACACUCUCAGGGGUCCCACCCCUGCCUGCCUGACCCCUGCUGGGACAGAGGUAGUCUGGGCUCACAGAGAGGGCAGUGAGCCUAGGCCGGGGGCCGGCCUUGGCGCACAAUGUGGAACAGUGACCCGUCCUUCACGAAGCGUGCCAGCCCCGCUGCUGAGAUGUGCGGGGGCCAGCGGGGGAAGGGCCACGGAAGGGCUUCGCCUCCGUUCACAAAGCCAUGCAUUCACACAGCUUUGCCGGACUGGCCCGGGAAGGGCGCCGCUGGAGACUGGGAAAUGUCAUUGAAACACCAUUGCCAUUGGAAGGAGUGUUGGAAUUGUUUUCAAAUGAUAUUUAGACCCUUGGGGCUUGGGGGAAUCUGCUGCAUCCCUCCCUCCUCUCCUGAACCCAGCAAGCCCCCCUCCGCCCUGGGGCCCUCUGGUCGUCUCUGCACUCAGCUUGAGACUGGGGGCCUCAUGUGAAGACCCACCUGUCCUGCCAGGAGAUGAGCUUACUGCCACUUCUCCCUUGGGGUGAUUUGGCUGCUGAGUCACCUGUCUAGCCCCGUGGAGCUGGAUAAAUUGUGCAAUAGAACAGAGGAGGUGCUAGGCAGGUGGGGGAGGGGCUGCCACACAGCCUCUCUGUCCCCUCUUGUAAGCUGGUGCACACCUGUGCCCAGCACACCAAAGCCUCCAGAAGCAGAAAUGGAUCCUUAUCCUCAUCCCACCCCUCAGCAUUUAUGCCAGCACAGCCUGAUCAGAGCCCCGACUGCCCCAGAUCCCUGAGUGGGCAGGAGCCCAGCCUGGGUGCGCAGUGUGGCCCUGGCUGGGCCUGUAUGUUCUAUAGUCCACAAGGUGCCCUAGGAGGGGGCAGGAGUGAGACCUUGGAGGCGCCUACUUCAGUCCGCUGCACCCCCGCGCUCCCAGAGAUUAGAAGCAUUAAAUCUGACGCUCCCCCAUCCCCAAAAGCUGCUGAUGCUUUCAGAUGAGCUGAGUUGCACCUCCUCACCUCCGACUGAAAGCUGAUGUGAACCCCAGUGGUGGCCACACUUUUUAAAGUGUCACUGGAUGCAAUAAACUUUGCAGUACGGGGCCCUGGUGCUUGGCGAUGUACUGAAGGAACUGCUGCUGUGUGUUGUUUGAAUGAUUUUGCAGUAAAGACCUGAUCUUUCUAA